AUGUACAGAGUACUGGCAACUCAAGCCCUUCAGCUGAAGCUUCUUGCAGUCAUGGAUCUUGAGGGGAUGCCUUUCGAUCCAAACCCACGAUUAACCACGAGGAUUCUGGGUGACAUCAACGGCAACUUCCCGCAGCUGCAGACCUUGGUUCUAGGCGAGUUUCUCAACCCUAAUUUCCCUUGGGGUCAGCAACAAUUUCGAACCCCAGCAGAGCGAGCUGAGCUGGUGAAACAUAUGGUCGCGAGGGUCUGUAUGGUCUUGAACAAGAUGCAAAAGCUGACCCGAUUUGCUUUCGUGCUCACUGAUGAGACGGUUGGAGAACACAUCGGCACCCCUGAGGAGUGUUUUUACCCAUGGUAUGAGGGCGUUUCCGACACCAAGAAAGAUUGGUAUUCCCAUCUAGUACGCGCCAUUCUCCGUGUUGUUCCCGGGCUCCAGCAGCUUUGCGUUAGAGCUCGGCGUUCAGUCUACUGUCGGGGAACCAGAAUCUCGGGCGAUUCAAACCUGGCUAUCACGUGGAAUACCGAUCAGGAAGAAACCACUGAUGAAUUCAACAACUUCUUCGUUUAG